GGGCCGGGCCGGGCCGGCGGCGGGCGGGCGGGAGGGAGCUGCGCGAUCGCGUGUGGAGGAGCGUGGGGUGUCUGAGCGCGUGGGGCCGAGCGCGAGUGUGUGUGGUGCGGGAGAAGGUUUUUCGUUGGAAUAUACGUUGCACAUUUAUGGCGAUUCUGAGCGUGAGGGCAGACUUCUGCCAGGCUCAGCACAGCGUUUUCGCUGACAAGUGAGCUUGGGGAUUCUAUGUGCCAUAAUUAACAUUGCCUUGAAGACUCUGGACACCGAGACUGGCCUCUGAAAUAGUUGUCUUUUUUUUUUUUUUUUUUUUUUAUUGCAAGCAUUUUCUUUUAAUGACUCCAGUAAAAUUAAGCAUCAAGUAAACGAAAGUGGAAAACGACCUACACUUUUAACUUGUCUCACUAGUGCCUAAAUGUAGUAAAGGCUGCUUACGUUUUGUAUGUAGUUGGAGUUUUUUGGAGUCUGAAGGUAUCCAUCUGCAGACAUUGAGGCCUAAUUUGAAUUUGGAUUCAAGUGGAUUCUAAAUACUUCUGUUUAUCUUGAAGAGAAGCCUCGUAAAGAAUAAACAAGUUGAAUAGAUAAAAUACUGAUCGAUAUUAGGCAUUUUAGUGGUCCUUUUAAUGUUUUCUGCUGUGAAACAUUUCAAGAUUUGUUGAUUUUUUUUUUUUUUUUUCAUUUUCCCCAUCACACUCUUCACACGCACACUCACACUUUUUAUUUGUCAUAAUGAACCGUCCAGCCCCUGUGGAGAUCUCCUAUGAGAACAUGCGUUUUCUGAUAACGCAUAACCCUACCAAUGCUACUCUCAACAAGUUCACAGAGGAACUCAAGAAGUAUGGAGUGACAACUUUGGUUCGAGUUUGUGAUGCUACCUAUGAUAAAGCUCCAGUUGAAAAAGAAGGAAUCCACGUUCUAGAUUGGCCAUUUGAUGAUGGAGCUCCACCCCCUAAUCAGAUAGUAGAUGAUUGGCUGAACCUGUUAAAAACCAAAUUUCGUGAAGAGCCAGGUUGCUGUGUGGCAGUGCAUUGUGUUGCAGGAUUGGGAAGGGCCCCUGUGUUGGUUGCACUUGCUUUGAUUGAAUGUGGAAUGAAGUAUGAAGACGCAGUUCAGUUUAUAAGACAAAAAAGAAGAGGCGCAUUCAAUUCCAAACAGCUGCUUUACUUGGAGAAAUACCGACCUAAGAUGCGAUUACGCUUCAGAGAUACCAAUGGGCAUUGCUGUGUUCAGUAGGAAGAAACGUAGACGAAGGCUUACUUGAUUGUGGCAUUUAGAGGGGACUCUUGCUACCUGGAAAUGUGAAUCUGAAAUCUUACCUGUGUCAUCAAAGUAGUGAUGAUGGAUUCAAUACUCCUCAACCACUCUCCUAAUGAUCGGAAAAAAGCAAACAAAAAAGAAAUCCCUUCAUAACAUAAAUAAAAUGUUUAAGAAAAGAAAAAGAGAAAGAGAAAAGGGAUUAAUUCAGUGAAGGAUGAUUUUGCUCCUAAUUUUGGAGUUUUAAUUUCAGGCAGGAUUGAAUUAUUUCAAAAUCUCUUGUCUUUUUUAACUUUUUCAAAAUAGGUCUCUAAAGAAAACCAGCAAAAUAUUAGCCUGUGCAUAACCAUCUGUUUGGGGAGCACAUUCUUCCAUUGUGCUUGGCACGUAGAUCUCCCAGUGGUGGGAUUUUUUUUUUUAGGGGAAAGAAAGGUAUAUUUUCCUCCUCUCCUUUCUCCUGUCCUCUCCCUUCCCCGAUACACAUUAUAGAUGGAAUAGGAGAAGCCCUAGUUGCUGUAGAUUUGCGUGCAGUCUGGCAGCCUUAAGCCCACCUGGGCACUUUUAGAAAAAAACAAAAACACCAAAAAAAAAAAAAAAAAAAAAAGACAUAUAUAUAUAUUAUAUUAAUUAUAUUAUAUGAUCCAGGUGGUUUUUAGUCUUUAUUGAUGGGGUGUUCAUGUUAGUUUCUUUUCCUCAAAGCUCUGAUCUAACAUUAGGCAAAGUAGUCAACGCCUUUUGUUUUGGUAAAUUAGUGGGGAAAUGGUAUUUGAAGAUGAGUCUUUCUCCUCAAAGAGCUUAGCUGAGAGUAGAGAGUUCUCUUUCCCAGUGAAUGAAGCUAAGAGCAGGUAUUGCGGAAACUUGUUUUCUGAAGAGGACAACUCUGCACCAUCACUAAAGAUAAAUCCAGGCAGAGAAUCAGCACACUUUCUACACACUAUCCAACUGCGGGCUGUAGCACUGCUCUGAUUUUCUGUCUUACGAUGUCAGAGAAUUCUGACAGUUUAAAAUUUUUAUUUUAGAAAUUAUUUGUAUUCUGAAUUUUCAGAAAUGGUCAAAGGAGCAACAGCAAAUUCAUGUUUUGUUCUUGAGAAAGGCCUAUGGUGGUUAUUUUCCAGACUUCUCCCUAUAUGUACAGUUCAGUUUAACCACCAAUUGCCUUGUUAUUUUCUUACUAGGUUCACUUUGAGAUUACAAAAAAAAACGACUGGUUCAGAACCAGCAACACCUAUUGAGUAGGUGCCCACAGGCUGUAAUAGGGUAGAAGAGAGACAUCGAGUAACCCAGGGAGUAGCAGAGGGACUGUUGGUGAUGAAAUGGUGUAGUGGCUUUUUUUUUUUUUGUAGAGUCCCUGCUGGAUUCAGUGUGUUGAUCUAGAAAAGCUGUUUAGUCCCUAUUUUCAGAAGGCAGCAAUAACCAGAGUGUAUUGAUAGAGCAAGUGGAGAGGCACCCUCGGGUUUCUGCACUCUCUUCACUUAACUAUUGCACACUUACUAGUGCCCUGCUUCUAAGGCUCUGAAUACAGGCUUAGAGUCACCUUAUCCUGCUGACAUUUCUGUGCAGAGCCAAAGGGUCCCACUUUGUAAGCAUUACCUGGGCCCGUAGGAAUGGACUGGGACCUUGUCUCACAUCGAUGAUACCUCAGACGUUGGCCGGCUGUGUGAACUGCCUAUUUCCUAGUGCCGGAGUUCUUUUGAUUUUUUUAACUAAAUGGAAACCUGUAGAUUCUCUCCUCCCUCAUCCCAGGAAAUAAAACAAAAUAAUGCUUUUUGACAUUGUUUCUAGAAUUUUAAAGUAAAAAAUGAUGGUACUAUACAAAAUUUUUAUUUCUGAACACAACAGUAGGUUUCUUUACCAUAGAUUCAAGAUCAAAACAUCAUACCCUCUAAUUUCAGAUAGACUGUUGCCUCCAAGGGUUUUGGUCAAUACCAUCACCAACCUUUUCCAUUUGACAUGCUCUGAAUUUUGUUUGGCGGAAGUGUGUGUGUGUGUGUGUGUGUGUGUGUGUAGUAUCCCAUCAGUAUCAGUGCCUGCCUGAGUUAGGAGAACUACAUUCCUAGUUCUGUGUGAGAAGUGUGUAUAAAGCAACAUGAAACAUUAGCCCUCAUUUUGUCUUAAAUUACAGACUAAUGUUAAUUGUUCUUAGAACUGGAUUUUUUCCCUAAAAAUUAGAACAAUUUUUUUCUUUUGGAUUAAAUGAAGUAUUGUUAGCUGGAGCCAGUUUGACAUGGUGAGAGAGAUGUCAGACUGAUGAAAGGUGUGCAGCCUGAUUUAAAACCAAACCCUGACCCCUUUUAAAGAACAAUAAAACAUAUUUUACACGCU